UGUGGAGUUAGCAUAGGGGGCUGAUAUCUGCUGUUAGCCUGGGAAGCACCUACCGUCAAUACAACACAAAUUACUAACAAUAAAUACUGUCUCCCGUCUCUCACCGUCUCCUGUGGGGCCAGAGUUUAGAGAAAUAUAAUCUCGGGAGAAUUUUACACGCAGUAUGAGCUUCCUCUGUGCUUUACUGAGCUGACUGCCAGUCUAACUUUAUAACCUAACUAAGCGCUUUAAGCUCUCGGUCCAGCUCCUCUCUCUCUCUCUGUGUCUCUGUGGUCUGACAGUUCUUUUAGAUGAGCAGACAUGUCUGGAGUUAAAAGGAAAAUCGAGGAUAAGGACCCUGACUAUGAGGACAUCACACAAGUGCAGCAUAAUAAGAGAAGCAAAGUUGUUGAACAAAGUGCUCGCGAUGCCACUGUACAGAAGAUCGAAGCCAUCAUCCGAGACCAGUUUUCACUGGAAAUGAAGAACAAAGAGCAUGAAAUUGAGGUCAUCGGUCAGCGUCUGAAUGAGGCACGGAGGAUGAUGGACAAGCUGAGAGCCUGCAUCGUAGCCAGCUACUAUUCCAGUGCUGGCGUUCCAAAGGUUUCUGAGCCAUCAAAGAGCGAUUCGUCAGUGCUGAAUCACCCUGCCAUCAAGCGCUUCCUGGAGUCGCCGUCGCGCUCCUCGUCUCCUCUGAACCAGGGCUCAGAGGGAACCUCUCUGAGUCACUCAGAGUCUGAGUCUCUGAGUCAGCACGGAGAGACAGCAGAUUCAGCAGAGAGGGACACCCAGAGCUGGAGAGGGGAGGAGUCUGUUCGUCAGGAGCGCAGGCCUGGCCGAAACACAGGCAAGGACACAUUUGGGGUGCCAUCAUCAGUAGAUCAGCACAUCACGUAUCACACCACAGGAGAUGAGGCGUCACGACUCUACGUGAAGAAAACCAUUGUUGUGGGCAACGUUUCAAAAUAUAUACCUCCUGAUAAGCGAGAGGAGAAUGAUCAGUCCACUCAUAAGUGGAUGGUGUACGUUCGAGGCUCAAGGAAAGAACCCAGCAUUGAUCACUUUGUGAAGAAAGUGUGGUUUUUCCUUCACCCCAGUUACAAACCCAAUGACCUGGUGGAGGUCAGUGAGCCCCCAUUUCACCUAACGCGGCGGGGCUGGGGUGAGUUUCCGGUGCGUGUGCAAAUCCACUUUAAAGACCAGCGGAACAAACGUAUCGACAUCAUCCAUCAUCUGAAGCUGGACAGAACGUAUACGGGCCUACAGACGCUCGGAGCAGAAACGGUGGUGGACGUUGAGCUUCUCAGAAACUCUCUGGGCGACGACUUCAUCCCUUUUCCUUCUUCCUCCUCCUCCUCCUCUCCUUCCUCCUCUCACCUGGCAAGUGUUGCUGCCUCUGGCCUGUCACUGGCUGGACACACUGCAGGCCAAAACUCACGGCGUGCUGUUUCACCCUCUCAGCUGUCACCUGACUCCAGCUCUGAGAAAGGACUGAUUCUGAAGAGCGAGUUGGCGCGGUCGUCAUGCUCCGAGCGAGGAGGGUCACAGUCCAAAGGGGUGGAGAGAAUCGCCCUUGGCUCCCACAGCAACUCUGCAUUUCAGCCAAUCACGGCGAGCUGCAAAAUCAUGCCUCAGCCUCAGGUACCCAGUCCUGCGGAGUCACCUGGUAAAUCGUUCCAGCCAAUCACCAUGAGCUGCAAGAUCGUGUCUGGAAGUCCUUCAGCCAAACAGAGUGCUUCAGCCCAGGGUGCCAGAUCCCCUGCUCCCAAAGUCUCCGCUAGCGGCUUCCUCUCAUCCGGAGUCAAGGUCAUCAUUAAGCAGGAGCCAGGGGAAGUGACGACGCAACCAUCACAACAUCAACAACAGACAGCAUCCAUCGGGACGACACAGCAGCAUCAAUAUGUGACUGUGAAGGGCGGUCACAUGAUUGCUAUGUCACCACAAAAGAGUGGGUCAGGAGGUGGAGCCACAUCCAGCAAGAUGCUGGGGAUUCCUGUCAGUCCUGCUCUUCAGUCUGCAGUUAAACAGGUGGCCAUAAGCAGCGGCCAGAUCCUGGUUGCCAAGUCCAGCCCGGUUGUCUCUAAAGUGAUGGGCCAGAAGCAGGUUGUGGCUCAAGGUGUUGCUAAGGCACUUGUUUCGGGAGGCGGAGCUGGUGUUGCAGGAAGUGCAGGACAGCAGGUGCAUAAUGUUACCAAGGCCUCAGGAUCAGGAGUUGGAGGCAAGAGUGGAGUGAUGGCGACGCUGCAGCUGCCGGUGAACAACUUGGCUAACCUGGCCAACCUGCCUCCAGGCACCAAGCUGUACCUGACCACGAACAGCAAGAACCCCUCCGGCAAGGGCAAACUGCUGCUCAUCCCACAGGGAGCCAUCCUGAGAGCCUCAAAUAGCGCAGGUCAUCAGUCUCAGAGUUCUUCUGGUUCUGCUCAGUCCUCCAGCAGUGGUGGUUCUGGAUCCAGCACCAGCCUCUCCUGUACCUCCUACAUACUCAAACAGACCCCGCAGGGCACGUUUCUGGUUGGCCAGCCAGGGGGCUCCGGGAAACAGGGCGGGGCCGGAUCCUCUGGUCAUGUUGUGUCAAACCCUGCCUCCGUUACGCAACAGGCGAUUCGGGUCACAGCAGGGCAGAAAGCUGCUAUACUGGCUCAGGUGGUAGGCGGGUCUCAGGGUUCUCAAGUAAAACUAUCAGAUGGUUCUGUGAAAACAGUCACAGCGGCCACACACUUGUCAAAAACGGGCACUACCACUCUCAGAAUGACCGGGGGGAUCAUCACAGCCACCAGCACUACUCAGAGUGCACCUGCUGCUGCUUCUGCCUCUGCUGCCGCUGCUGCUGCCUCCUCCUCCUCUUCACAACAGCCUGCAGAGGGAGCCGGUCUGCCCACAACACCGUCAGUUUCAGGGGCGAAAGCCGCAACGCAGCACCCUGUGUUGGUGGCAGCCAAUCAGGCUGCAGUAAUCAACGCCGCCAAGAGUGCAAGCUCAGCUGCUAACAUAGCAAAAAGCUCUGGCAAUUUGGUAACAGUCGGCAAAACCGUUAACAUGCCGCUCCUUAGUCUGUCGAAAGGCUCGGGGACGGCAGUUGUUGGCGUGCCUAAAAGCGCCAGUCCAUCAAUGGUCACCACAGCAUCACUUGUGGGAGGAGCUACAGUCAGUGGAAAAGCAGCUGCUGCAAUAUCUGGGAUGUUGAAGCUGCACUCAGGUCAGUCCAGCUCCCAACAGACGGUACUGACGAUUCCAGCCAACCAACUCAAGCAGCUCAGCAUCAGUGGAUCCUCCUCAGGACUACAGACCAUCCUCAUGCCCGUGGGGAAAGUUGUGCAGUCUGGCUCAAAAGCUGCAUCCAGUGCUCAGAGUGGAGCUGCUCCUUCUACCUCUACACCUCUGGCUCAAGUUAAGACUGAGCCUGGAGUGAUCAGCUCCUCCUGCUCUACCCCAGUGACCCCCACGUCCACCCCAGUAUCCACAGCAACUACACCCCUACCUACAGCCACAGCAACUCCAGCUACUGUUAAAGUGGAGCAAGGCACCGAGACCACAACAGCUGAGCUCAUUAACACUGAGCAUAUUGAAACCAUGCUGCAGCUCCUGACGGCUGCGGUGAAGAAGUUUCCUUUGAUCAUCCGAGAGAAAAGGUUGUGUGUGUUGCCAGCUGAGGAUUCCCAUCCGUUCUGUGCGACCUCUGUGGAGCAGUAUUAUUCCUGGAACAUUGGAAAACGGAGGGCUGCUGAGCUCCAGCGGGCCGUAGCGGUGAAGCGUCUGGUUCAGGAUGUUUUGGACCGGAACCCCCGGCUGCAGGCCCUCAGCCCCCCCAAAACCAGAGAGGUGGUGCAGUGGUGCCGCCUGCGGGGGUACACCCCCCCUGACCCAGAACCCCAGCGCACAGAGGAGGACUCCUUAGAGGACAUACUCACACAGAUAGACAGCGAGCCAGAGUGUCCCUCAACUGUGACGGACAGUGGAGAACUGUGUCAGCGUCUGGAGCAGCUGCAGAGAAUUUUGAAGACGGAACCAGAGGAAGACAGUGAUGAACCUCUGGAUAUUGUCACUGUUAAAGAAGUUAACAGCUCAAGGAUAAAGGUCAAACAGGAGCAGGAGGAGCCGGAGCAGGAGCCCAAAUUCUUUAUGGGAUCAUGUCCCUCUUCACAGUUCAUCAGAGACACGGCCGGGCAGAUUGGUGUGAGUCUGCAGCCUGUAGAAGUGGAGAAGAACGUCUUUGCUGCUGUGGUGGAAGCCAUGAUUCUCAAGGCCACAGAGCAGUUUGCCAGUGAGAUCUUGAGAGAGUCGCUUGCCAGCGCCUAUGGGAAGUCACCUCAGAACAGAGCUCCGAGAGAGAUCUCAGCCAUGAACGUGCACCAAGCUAUCAGCUCCAUCCCCACCUGCGACUUCCUCACCAACAGGUACAUGGGAGUCCUGCUGAAGGAUCGCAGCCAUACAGACUGAGUGCAAAAGAGGAUUAUUUUGGCAACAAAGCUGCUGCAGGAAACACUACACACAGACGGGACUGGUGUGCUGAUUCUAGCUAUUCACCAUUGCGUAACUGCACAGAGUGUGUACUGAAGCUGACCAAUCAGAGACCAGUUUAAACCACAGCAUACCAACCAGAGCCCAUCUAUGCCAACAGCGGUAUGAAUGGAGAUGAUGGGCAAACAGAGCCUGGAGUAACACUAUGAUGUUCUUAACUCAACACCUGACAUCAGAAUAAGAUCUGUAAGCUUUGUGGUGUCAGACAUUCAGAUUAUUGUGUGUGAACCUCUCUGAAACAUCUUUUUCUGUGGCCUUAAUUUUUUGUCUUUCUACAUUAUGACAUCAUAAGGAAUUAGGACCUCAGAAUAUUUGAUAAUUAAGAAAAUUAAGACAUCUAAAAUCUAAUCUAAUUACAGUCCAAUGCUUUAUUAUCCAUUAUUUUUUUUUCCUUUACUUUUGAGGCAUUGUAAGGCUUGUUCUCAUGCAGCAGGUAAAAAAACAAUCGAAAUGGCCCAGAUCCAAUUUUAUCACUAAAUCUGAUGUUAAUUUAGGCUAGUCAGACUUUUUAACGGGAGUCAACAUUUUGUCUGAACAGUUCACACUCCUAAAAUGAUGCACAUGCACAAAAGUGCAAUGCUUCACAUUAAGUUUCGCUUUAAUUUUUUCCAGUAUCACAGAAUUCAAUAUAGAAUUAAUGAGAAACAGAGAAUGUGUUUUAGGUAACCGUAAAAAAACACAUUUUUGGUUUCUUUAGAAGUCUUUAGUAAUAUUUUUAUUUUCCUCUGUUGAAUUUGGCCAUUUUUUCGGAAACACUGAGUUUCGAUGUAAGCCUUCUAAUUUAACCCUUUCAGACCUGAAUUAUGUUCCAGUGAUAAAUUUAAGAAUGCUGUUUUCUGUCUGCAAUUUACACAAAUGAAGACUCUAAUACUCCAAAGAGAAAAUAAAAAUGAACUAAACUAAAAUUAUUAAUUGUCUGUGUUAAACAUUUUUAUUUUAGAUUUUAUUUUGACCUUUUUACUUCACAAAUCUUCCAUAAACAGUAACAUUAACAUGAUAAAAGUGUUCUAAAUCACAUAAAAUUAGUAGUGUUGUUGGCUCUAGUGCUGCCAUGCCAUAAUGUCUAAGUUGCUGUUUUUCUUCUGAUGCAGUGGGCGGGGCUAAGCUACAGUCAAUUUUACAUGGGCUUGUUUAGUGUUCUAUUCUGUUGGUCAAUAGGCUUUAAUUGGUGUUAUUUGCAAUAAAACGAGAAAAGAAAAAAAAUAGAUAAAACACAUGGACACAGGGUCUGAAAGGGUUAAUGGAACAAAGACAUCAAUCAAAAUUUUUUAGAUCUCUUACCUCCCUUUUCAACCACUGAAAUCCUUACUUACUGCUGUCGUCCAUUUUCUCUUCUUCUUCUUUAUGCCCUUUUUCUCCCUCUUCUUAACAAUAGAAGUCGCAUAAUUUCUGAUCUGGUCGUUCAGACUUAGUCUGAAGUCAGUUUUUUAACAUUCUGUGUCUUAUAUGAUGACACAGUUUAGAUUUGGCCACUUUUACCUGCUGUUUAAACACAGUUUUUCUAUAAUAGAAACUAGAACAGUGGUCAAACACACAGGUUAUGGAUAUGUUACUGCUGUCACUGGUCUUAAUCUGUAUGGUGUUGGGAGAAAAGCCUGGAACAUACUAAUCCAAUAGUCUUCUGUAUCUGUGCUCUAUGUUUGGAAUUUACUAAAUUGCUCUGCCUCAUUCACUUUAGUGUAUUUGGCUUCUUAGUUACUUUACUGAAUAUUCUAAAGCCAUCCACCAGCUAUAGUGUCCCACAGAUAUUGUAAUUAAUUCAGUACAAAUAGAUAAAGUUACCAAAAGCUGGUUCUGAUCUGGCCUACUUAUGUAAGAACUUGCAGAUACACCAAACAGAUCAGCCAUGCCUUUAACACCACCUACUUGUUUAUAGACACAAUUUUAUCAGCUCCAUUGUUCAUACAGGACAUCUUGUCAAUUAACAUCCAAAAUUGUUAUGAUCGAACUGGCUCUCAUCAGGUCUGCCCUAGCAAAGGAAGACUAUAAGUAACAUCUGUUGCACAGAAUAAGUUACCAGCCUCAGAAACCACAUGUUAAAGCAGUUAAGAGCCCUCCAAAAAACUGAUUACAUGAUUCCUUAUAUGUUCCUUUAUAGUCUGAAUGACUUCUGAAUUACUGUAUUUUACUGCACUAUAAAGCGCACUGGAUAAUAAGGCGCAUUGUCAAUAAACGUCUAUUUUCUGCUCUAUUUUCAUACAUAAGGCGUACCAGAUUAUAAGGCGACUUAUGUAACACUAGUAAGGAAACAGGGGUGUCACCAUGUUUUCCUUCUACUUCAGCAGAUCUCACCACUGGGUAGUGGUGGGGGUGGGCAACUAAAUAAAGCUAAGAUAAAGUAAUAAAACUAUUAUUUAAAAAAAAAGUUCAAACGACUGCUGGAUGUUAAUCUACACAGAUUUCUCUCCUGAAAAGUUUAGUUUAUUUGGAUGAAUAAAGAGCUUCUGUUUAUUUACAGUAAGCUGAUUAUUGCAUGUCUCCAGCACUAAGGUUGGAGCAUUAGCGGCUUACCACUAGCACUUAGUGCAGGUAGCCAGUAACGCUAAUACUGCUACAGCAGUGCUAGCCGGGUUUAGCAGCAGGCCGAUAAUACUCACCUCUGAACCUUAAAAGAGCUAUCACUUAGCACGCUUAGCGGCUAAUGCUAACGCUGCUCCAGCAGUGCUACAGGCUGAAAAUUCUCACCUCUGAACAGCAGAAGAGCUUUAAAAACUCCAGCAGCACUGCUGUGUCUGAUUAAUUUACUCAUACCAACACAACAAACUGAAUAAAUGACCCACCACCCAAAUAACAGUUCAUAAUAAUACAUUAUUCAGAGAAAUAAAAGAGCUACAAUCUCUAAUUAUUAACUACCUAGUGUCCUGUAUGGUAAGUGGAGCUGAAAAAAGGUGAGAUUAUAGUGAAUGUAGAAAUACUUACACAUACUUAACACAGGUGGUGUUAAUGAUAUGGCUGAUUGUUGUACACAAAAUAUAUCCAUCAAUAUCCUUCUUAGUGGGUUGCCUUGAAAAAAAAUACCUAUUAUAGAUUUUGCGUCAAUAUUUGGACUUUUUUUUAUACAUUUUACCUUGGAGCUUAAAAGUUUUGAAGUGAUCAAAUGCAAAAACAGUUGCACACAUCAUACUGGAGGAGCUUUUGUGAGAUUUUUGAAGAUGAUGUUACGUCAGUAACGUUUGUUAAAACGUUUGUUUUGCUGUGAAGAAAUCAAAAGAUGGCCAGUGUUUAAUGUAAACUCUACUACAAGUCUUAAUAUUCAUUUCAUUUUAUAUGUUUAUAUGUUGCUGUGUUCAGAAAGAAGCUUUUCUCACACUGUAAUCUUGGUGCACCUCUGUGCUGCACAGUUCAUCGUUUUCCCUGCACUAACACGUCUCAGGCCGGGUUCACGUUACACGAUUUUAAGCUCGAUUUUCAAACUGUCCACUUUUUUUUUGUUGUUGCAAUUUUCAAAAAAAAAAAAAAAAAAAAAACAAGAGCUGAAAGAUGCAAUGGGUGUGAUCGCCAAUGCCUUGCAAUAUAUCUGUUCCCUUUUUUAAUCAAUUUAUAUAUCUAUUAAUGUGUAAACUAAACUACAACCAAAACAAAUUGUAAUACAACACAUUGUGUUGUGUAGUCAAAAACUGGUCCAUAUAUUAAACCUGCUAGAUUGCUAGAUCAUUUGUCAAGGGCUUUCAAGACAUUGACAAUUGCUUGGAUCGCAUUGUUUGGUCUGUCACACCCAGAAUUAGAGUCAGCCAGUAUGUAGGAAUAUACGUUCCAGUAAAUUUAGCAAUUUCAGAAAUUAAUUAAAAUAAACCACACCUCAGAUCAACACAUCCACGACUAAGUUAGCACACUUUAACACACCAAACAAACUGUAGCUGCUAGUUAUACAAGGCUGUGUAGUCAUCGAAAAAUUGACAGUCUUAAGGAGCUCCUACUUUUUUUGGUCCAGACCAAAAGUUUGACAUCUCUGUCAUUAGUCCAGAGUCACCGACUGAUGCAUAUAUAUUAAACCUGCUAGAUUGCUGGAUUAUUUUCUAAGGGCUUGCAAGACAUUGGCAAUCGCUUGAAUCACAUUGUUUAGUCUGUCACAACCAGAGUUGGAGUCAGCCAUUAUGUAGAAAUAUACGUUAUAUUAAAUUCAACAAUUUCAAAUUCACACCUCAAAUCAGCGCUUUUGCUACUAAGUUAGCUAACUUUUAACACACCAAACAAACUGCAGCUGCUAGUUAUAAAAGGCUGAAAAAAGCCACAGUCUUCUUUCACAGGGGAUCCUACCUUGUUUGGUCCAAACCAAAAUUCUCUGGCAUUAGAUUCAAAGACUAGUCCAGAUAUUAAACCUGCUAGAUUGCUAGAUCAUUUGCUUGCAAGACAUUAGCAGUCACUUGGAUUACAUAGUUUAGUUUGUCAUACUCAAAUUUGGAGUCAGCCAGUAUAUAGGAAUAUGUUAGCACACUUCAACUCACCAAACAAACUGUAGCUGAUAGUUAUACAAAGCUGUGUAGCCAUCGAGAGAAGCCACAGUCUAAGGGUGCUCCUACCUUGUCUGGUCUAAACCAAAAAUUGGACAACUCUGUCACAAGUUCAGAGUCACUGACUGGUCCAUAUAAUAAACCUGCUAGAUUACUAGAUCGUUUUAAGGGCUUUUAAGGCAUUAGCAGUCGCUUGGAUUACAUUGUUUAGUCAUUCACAUGUAGUAUUGGAGUCAGCCAGUAUGUAGGUGUAUACGUUAUGUAAACUUAACAAUUUCAGAAAUUUAUUAAAAUAAAUCUGCACCUCAAUUCAACAUUCCCGUUAAGUUAGCAAACUUUUGACACACCUGUAGCUGCUAGUUUUACAAGGCUGUGUAGUCAUCGAAAGAAGCCACAGUCUUAGGAUGCUCAAGCCUUGUUCGGUCCAAACUAAAAAUUGGACAACUCUGGCAUUAGUCCAGGGUCACCAACUGGUCCAUAUAUUAAACCUGAUCGAUUGCUAGAUUAUUUUUCAAGGGCUUGCAAGACCAUUGGCAAUCGCUUGGAUCGAAUUGUUUAGUCUGUGUUCUUAAGCUUUUGUUGGCAGUUUGUCUCAGAAAGAUGACAACAUGAAAAUCAGGCAAAAAAAAAAUCGGUUGUUGUGAACCUGGCCUCAGUUACCAAGCCAUAUAAUAAUAAUAUAUAAUCUGAAUCAGGUAUGUUUUAGCAGAAACGGCUCAAAACCAUGCAGUGCUCGGCCUCCUAGCACUAUUAGACCCUAUUCCCACCUGGAAGUAACAUCUAGGACCUAGUUGAUCCCAUCAUAAGUGAGCAGCAGAAUGUGUAGAUGUGAACUCUGAACCACAUUUGGAGGAGGUCAGUGACGUACAGCUCUGGGGAAAAAAAGAGACCACUGAAAAAUUAAGAGUUCCUUUGAUUUGACCAAAAUUAAAAAAAAAAAAACUCUGGAAUAUUAUGAAGUGAAAGAUGGAUGAUCACAAGCCAUCAAACCAACAAGCUGAACUGCUUGAAUUUCUUUAGCACCAAGAGUGGCAUAAAGUUAUCCAAAAGCAGUGUGUAAGACUGGUGGAGGAGAACAUGAUGCCAAGAUGCAUGAAAACUGUGAUUAAAAACCAGGGUUAUUCCACCAAAUAUUGAUUUCUGAACUUUUAAAACUUUAUAAAUCUGAAUUUAUUUUCUUUGCAUUAUUGCAGCAGAACUGAUGUGAGAAAUUCGAUCUCAAGCGCUCUCAGGAGAUGCAAUUAAAAUGCCAGUUGUGAACAACUAUGCUUUUUGCAAUCAUCAUUUCUGAUUGGUUCCCAUAGGUCACAUGUUAAUCCCAGGUGUAAACAGGGUCUAACUCAGUUAUAGAUAUACAAUUAUGAAGGAAGGAAAGAAUCUGGGGUGGUAAAAAAUGCUUUGUUGACAUAGAAUCAAUGCUAUCACGCUAACAGAGGCUAGCGUCCACUGUUUGUCGUCACUGUAUUUGACUGAGCAGUUGUUUUUUUUUUUUUUUUUUUUUAAGUUGUUGAUCGGCUUUUGAUCAUCGUAUAAAAUCCUGUUGUACGUUGUAUUUUAAUUGUAUGUCGAGUUUUGUUGGCUACUUAGAGUAAGCAACCAGCAACACAUUUAUUCAGUGUGUGUUAGUGUGUUGGAAUGUUUGUAAAGGUGUGUAUGUAAUUAUUUUGAGUGUGUAUGUGAGAAUUUUUUCGUGUGCAAGGUUAAUUUGCUGCUUGGCAGUCAAGUCGAGUUGCGCAUGUGUGUGUAUGUGUAUGUAUGUAUGAGCAAACGUAACUAAACUGUCAUUAUGCGUUCAAAACAAAAUGUAACGUAUUGUAGACUGUUCCUGACUAUUGUAUUUUUCCUUUGUUUAAAGUGUACCUAAAAAUGAUGCCUAUUCUUGUAUUAAAAUGGUAGUUUUGCCACUGAAAUUUG